GAAGAAUUUAUUGCUGCAAAUUUUUUGCAAAUGAAUAUUAUGUCAUAUUAAGAGAGGCCAUCAGGACAGAAACAGUGAUAGGUAAAUGUUGAAGAAAACACCAAUCGGAAAAUACACUAUUUGGAAAAAAGAGUUCUAUGACUUUCGAAAAUGACAUAUUUUCUGUGGUUUGGGACUGUAUCAACAGUGAUCCUGUGCAAGCAAGCUGUGGAAGCCACAUUAUGCAAUCUUACUUUAUCGACCACCGCAAUUUAUGCGCCGCUCGGAACCAGAGUUACCCUAACAUGCAGAGUGUGUGACGUUUCUAACACAACAGAGCUCAGGUAUAGAAAAGAUGGACAUCAAAUCGCAGCAUACAUGUAUCUGUCGGGAAAUGAAUCUGUGACAGACAAAGGAGCCUUUAGUUUAGACGUGCAGACGGAAACUAAUAAUGUCACGAUGCUGACGUUAACAAUCAAGAGCUUCACUACCACUGCUGAAGGAAACUAUACAUGCGAUCGAACAAACCCUGAACAAUCUUCUUCAUUGGUCAUUGCGUACACAGUUCCAGUAACCAUGGUGACCUUGACACCUGCCCAACAAAUAGUCUCUGUCCUCGAAAACAAAGAACUCAGCAACAUACAAUGUUCAACAACUCAGGGCAAGCCUGUUCCAACAAUCACCUGGUACCUUGAUAAGGGAACCCCAUCGGAUUACUCAGACGAUCAGGAUAUCACUGAUAAAAGCACCUAUACUAUUUCUGAUAACCGAACUAGCAGCGUUCUUACGUUUACGCCAACUGCGUUAGAUCAGGACAAGCGUAUUUACUGCAAUACCUCAAACGGUUAUGGACCUGUUUCUUCGGACAAACUCAAACUGAACAUUUUGGUUCCCCCAGAAAAGCCAAAACUGCAAUUUCGUACAUGCUCUCAAGAGCUUCGCCCCCUAGAUGGAAUACUCAAGGUCACCCAAGGCACCAACGUCUACGUGACGUGCACUGCUACCAGCAAUCCUUUGCCCGCUAUCACCUGGAAGCCUAACCCUCAGGGCGCAAGCUCAACUUUGUUGGUAUCAAACGUGUCUCCACUACAGAGCGGAAAGUAUGAAUGCAUGGCAGAAAACAUCAUGGACACAAAUACAAAUACAGGGGUAAUUAUUGGACGGAAUUCGUCAAGCUUCCAGUUGGAAGUUCUAGUUCCCCCACAAAUGUGUGAAAGUAGAAACCACACUGCAGUACAGAACCAAAGCAUCUUCCUGCCAUGUCUAUGCCAGGAGAACAAGACCUUCACAACAUAUUCCUGGUCUAAAUCUGGCUCCAACCUUACCAGCUCCUAUCCAACACUGCACAUUUUCAAAGCAAAUAGUUUGCACGCAGGGUCAUACAAAUGCGUUGUUUCGUACACGUUAGAACCAACAUAUUGCCAGCAAGAAAUACGCCAUGUUGAGACUUUAUUUAACGUCCGUGUUAUCAGGCCUCCAAGUAUUCCAAGACAAGUUCGAAUCGUUAACAACUCAAUAACUGGGACAUCCGUCACGAUUGUAUGGGAACUGGUACUCGAAGACCAGGGAAUCUCUAAGACCAUGAUUCUGUGGUCAAAGCAGAUCAUCAACCAAUGGAAUACGGUUGCUGUAUUGCCAAGCCUUACGCAUUUCACAAUACAGGGUCUUGAAAGUGGUACCACGUACAACGUAAAGAUUUUCGCCUCAAACGAAGCUGGAGAUUCCAACGAGACUGACAUUGUUCAAAUUACCACCAUAGCUUUGCCAAAUGUUUCAGAUGGAAAGAUGGUGGGCAUGGAUGUUAUACUUGGCAGCAGCAUUGGUAGUGCAAUAAUACUCAUCAUCAUAUCAAUUGUGUUGACGCUGGCAGUUGUCAGAUGUAAGAGCAAAGGAAAUCCACAGCCAAAAGAACAACAACGACCCUUCAGUAAUACAUAUGAUGAAUUGGCUGCACCAUCAACAAACCUGGAGCAGUAUGAAGACUUCGGUACCGAAAAGACUACAGAUCAGCUAAAAACAAUGGAAACACCAUUUCGUACAAAGGCUAGCAUCACUAUGUGCAAGUCUGCACAAGAGAAAACAACAUCAACUCCUGAUUACAAACAGAGAACGAUUCGGCCUUUACCACUGCCCACCUCUGAACUUGAGGAUGAUUACAUCAACAUGCUGCCAGGAAUCUAAACAAUCUUAGAUCUGUGACCCAGCUAGGAAAAUUUGAGGGCAAGUGCCACUUUGUCCAAAUGGCUUUUAAGUGCAAGAUGUCAUAUUAUCUUUGUGACAUAAGGUCAAUAUAGUGUGUGUUAUGUAUAUUUCAUAUUACCGUAAUUACUCUACGUUUUCGGACUCUAUGUUUUCGGACACCCCUUUUUUUAGCAAAAAUAAUAAUUUUACGUGACUCUUAAUUUUCGGACACACCAGUUUUCGUCCAUAAUUAAUGUCUCUUAUUUUCGGACAGUAUAUUUUACAGCGCUAUUUUACCAAAUUUCGGUCCUGUUUUCGAUAUCUAAUGGCGAUUUGAUCAUGGGGUUUUACUACCAGAUUAAUAUUGUAAAACACUUCAGGUGCAUGCCUGAGCAUUGUGUACACACCGGUCUUACUGACCUGUGUACUAACGCGAAAGGAAUUGUGGGUAGCACUUCUUUUACGAGUGAAAAGUGAAAGCGAAAGUAGGUCAGGUAAUCUUGCUUCGGAUAAUCGCUAUCAGUCUUAAAAGAGAUUCAAAAUCACAUUUAAACAUAACUAAAUAACAUUUCUUUAAACAACAUUCAGUUUUAAACACACAAUAACAACGAUUUUUAUUUCAUUCUUAACAUUUUCAUUCCUACGCAGAACUACUUAGGCGGAAGCAUAAUUCCCCAAACCAGAGGAAUGUGAUGCGUCUUUGUAUAGAGGUGAAAUAAUGCAGUGACGUCACCAUCUAUGUAUAGAAUGCAUGCCUGAGGGCAACGGACCAUAACAUGACAAUUACCAGGGGUAAUGCCAAUUAACAGUUCAGUUAUCUACCGCAAUGGUACUACCCAUUCCCAGUAAAAUAACUGUGGCAAAUACUAAACGCUUCAAAGUGUGAUUCACCUUAUUGCAUGUUUUACGAACAAUGGAAGGUGUUAGACUACAACUAUCGGAUAUACACAAACAAAGAAUUCAUAGUUUGCUAUCUUUUAUUGCGUUAAUUAAAGGUUCAUACUAGCGAGUAUCGGUACAUCGCAUGCUCAUCUUUGAACUUGUUGGUCAAAGUAAAACCUUGUAGUAAUUUUCUGUCAAAUAAAUUAAGCAUUUAAAAUGCAGUGCAAACAUAUAUAACUGUAAUUUAUACUAUACGGCAUGGUAUUUUACAAGCGCGCACUAUUACCGGUAGUCGUUGAUACAACUGACGCUAUUUUCGGACACUUCAGUUUUUGACUCUAAGUUUUCGAACACCUGUGUUUUGUGAAUAUUUUUCGUAUCUAAGUUUUCGGACAAGAAAAAAAAAUAAUUAUUUCUAAGUGUCCGAAAACAUAGAGUAAUUUCGGUACAUGUAUUUUCAUUUAAAACAUUGUUUUGUUGAUUGGUGGUACAACUAGUUUCCAUGUAAUUUUGUUUAUAAGUUAUAAAAUCUUCAAAUAAAAUGCCCUGUAUAAUGAUGUGAUCAGAUAAAAAAAAGGACAAGGUUGAGGUCCAAGGGGUCAGGGUGGCACCUUGGGUAGGAAGGCUAGGUGCUGCGGCCCUCUGUUAAGGCCUAGCUGUAGCACUGUAAGAUAAGUAUGGCGUUGAUCAUCACUGUUUUGCUAGUGUUUCCAAAGGACAUGAUCAUCUACAUUGGCAUUAGAAAUUUCUCCGAAAUGUUAAAAAGUUACUACCUUUGAGAACAUUGACUUUUUUAGCUGUUUUUAUUUUUAAAUACUGCAGCUUUUGGUUUGUGAAAUCUGAGCGAUUAAACAUGAAAGAAGGAAAAAUUAAACAUUAUAAAUAUUGUAAGAUAGCUCUAUUACAAUUGUUUAUUAUGUUUAACUGCAUUAUAAAAUUCAUUUUAAAGUUG